UCGCUCCUCGCUUGCGGCGCGGUCGCCGCCCCCAUCGGCAGCGCCGCUCGCCACUCGCCACCGCCCACCAGCGCCGCUCGACACUCGCCUGCCAGCGCCGCGCGCCGCUCGCCACACACGCCGCUCGCGCCAGUGCCACGCCGGUGCUUGUGGUCUUGUCAGAACUUCCAGAAUCUGGACCUGGAUCCGGAUCCGGCCCCCACUCCCUCUCCCCCGGCUCCUCCUCCCUCUCCCCCGCCGAGGCGGGCGGGGCGGCGCGGGCGGCCGGGGCCGAGGCCGGGCGGCGCGGCCGUGGCGACCGGGCUCCGCGACCACCGUUCCGUCCCGUGCGCGCCGCCGACCCCGCCGACUCGGCCGGCAUCCAGCGGGAGAACGCGAUCCCCGACCCGAUCCAGGAAGCCGUUGGUGUGGGUUCCAGUCCCAGGCACCGAUGGACGCGCUCAUGGCGAACUACGCGUCCGACUCCGACUCUGACGGCGGUGAGCCGGCGGCCGCCCCCGCCGGGGCCCCGGAGGUUCCAGAAGCCUCGGCCUUGCUCCCUCCACCUCCCCUCGACCUCCUCCAGCCCCCCAACUUCGUAGAUUACUCGGCGAUGGCGCAGGGGAGUCGUGUCCGGAGCUUCCCACAUGUGGAAGGCAACUACGCUGUACAUGUCUAUAUCCCUGUUGUCAUACCUUCAGAUGCAAAGAAACAGCUGGCCCUUGCUAUGAAAAGAGCUGCAUCUCUUGUGCCGGAUCUUUAUGCUGUUGAUGCAGACUAUGCACUUUCUGAAUUGUGCAAGGAUGAACAGAAGCUUGAGAAAGUGCUUUUGAGCAGGGAGUUUCAUGUAAGCUUAGGAAGACCUGUUGCAGUUCAGGUGCAUCAAAUUGACUCCUUCGUUGCAAUGCUUCGCCAAAAGUUCCAGUUGCAACAACGGUACUGGAUGGAGUUCAAUAAGUGGGAGCACUUUGUCAAUGACGAUUGUACGCGGUCAUUUCUUUCAUUAGAAGUUACAAGAACUGGUUUGCCAGAGCUAAGUAAGCAGAUACUUAUGGUAGAUGAAGUAUAUCGAUUGCAUGGUCUUCCUGAGUUUUACAAGAAUCCACGGCCACAUAUUUCUUUGGUGUGGGCAUUGGGUGAUAUCAGCAGCAAACUGAAGCAGGCGAUAAAGGACAUUGAAAAAUAUCAGAGCAGUAUGAGCUCAUUGCAAAAGUGUAAUGUUCGAUGCAAGUUCAGUCGUGUAGUCUGUAAAGUAGGUAAGAAGGUGUACGAUAUCUGUAAUGUUGCAGACUGAAACACACAUGAAUUACAAUUUAUAAAGCUCUGAGGUACUGACCUCUGUUAGUUUGGGUCAAUUCUUGUGAUUGGAACAGUGAAAUACAAAGUUAUGUUUCAGCA